AUGGCGAAGAAGCGAAAGUCCGUGGCCACGCGCCUCGACGAAGUGGAUCGCACCAUGUACUCCACUUUCUGCAGCACCGCCAAUUCCCUCUCCCAUCUCUACACCCACGCCAUGAACCAACAGAAACUCUCCUUCCAGGCCGGUGAACGACACGCUCUCGAGAAAUUGUACCAAUGGAUUCUCAGGCAGCAGCAAGAAGGGUCUAGGGUGACCACCAUUGACAUAGUUACCCAUUUGCAGAAUGAGAUUGAAUAUGGGGGAGAGGAAGCACCAGUGUCUCCGAGGCAGCCAAUACAUCAACAGAACUCUCAGACUGCAAUGCACACUAACUUUGGUGCGUGCAUACCCUCUAAUGCAUUUGGAGCAACUGUGGCAGGCCAGGGGAUACGAACUGGGCAACCUGAUCAACAAGCAAAGAACUCAGUUUUCUCCAAUGCACUCUCUAGUCCUAUUCGUCGCAGCCUUCAACCAUAUCAUCUGGCGCAGGGGAGCUUUCCUUCAGGUAAUAUCAUGUCAUCAGGAAAUGGAAAUGGAACCCGGAACAGUGAGAUGACUUAUCCUAAUGGCCAGAACAGAGACACAAACUCUUCCAACUCCAGUGAUUGCAUGGACAUGCAUUCGGAUAGUCCUGGUCAUGAUUUUUCAUACUGA